AGUGCGGCAGCCGCGGACACCCCGGUCCAGCCUCGGCACCGGGGACGGACCGCGUCAAUCGCCGCCGCGCAGCGCGGAGCCGGAGCGCCUGGGGAAGGCGGAAAUGGAGACCCGACUGCCGCGUGCGAGCACCUGCUGAGCUCUCUGCGGCCGCCGGAGUGCAGCUUACGCUUACUUUGCUAAAGGCAAAUUUGGAAGCAAUUACUUGAGAACGGUUUGGAUAAGAUCUGGAUAAUCAAAACAGGCACAAUGAAGCACUUCCUGAGAAUGUUGAUCCAAGUGUGCCUAUAUUUUUACUGCACAUUUUUGUGGCGCUGCCUGAAAUUUGUAAUGAGGAAGCUGACUGGAAGAUGUGAACUGCAACGGAUCUGUUACAAUACCAAGCCUGGAGCUUCUAGAACCAUGAAAAUCGAAACAUCACUGAGGGAUUCAAAAAGUAAGCUGUUGCAGACUUCAGUGAGCGUCCACCCUGAUGCUAUUGAAAAAACCAUAGACGACAUCAUGGAACUGAAAAAAAUUAACCCCGACAUAAACCCACAGCUGGGAAUCUCUCUUCAGGCUUGCCUUCUGCAAAUCGUUGGGUACAGGAACCUUAUUGCAGAUGUGGAAAAACUACGCAGAGAACCCUAUGAUUCUGAUAAUCCUCAACAUGAAGAAAUGCUUUUGAAGUUAUGGAAAUUCCUGAAGCCCAAUACUCCUUUGGAAUCUCGGAUUUCCAAGCAAUGGUGUGAAAUUGGUUUCCAAGGUGAUGAUCCUAAGACAGAUUUUCGAGGAAUGGGACUCCUGGGACUGUACAACUUGCAGUAUUUUGCUGAAAGGGACGCGGCGGCAGCUCAGCAGGUCCUCUCUGACUCUCUUCAUCCCAAGUGCAGGGAUAUCACUAAAGAGGAAAUAAGCAAAUUCAGCAAAGCAGACUGGGAGAAGAAAAGGAUGGAUAAAGCAAUUGGGUACUCAUUUGCAAUUGUGGGCAUCAAUAUAACUGAUCUGGCAUAUAAUCUACUGGUGAGUGGAGCUCUAAAAACUCAUUUCUACAACAUCGCCCCAGAAGCUCCAACAUUGUCUCACUUCCAACAAACAUUCUGCUAUUUGAUGCACGAGUUUCAUAAGUUUUGGAUUGAAGAGGACCCCAUGGACAUAAUGGAAUUUAAUCGUGUGCGGGAGAAAUUCCGCAAGAGGAUCAUAAAACAGCUGCAGAACCCAGACAUGGCAUUGUGCCCACACUUUGCUGCCUCGGAAGGUUUAAUCAACAUGUAGUCACCCACGCUGGUUUUAAUGGAUGCCCCGGAACACUGCCUCAUUGUCGUGUUAGUUCUCUGCUUAGAUCCCAGCUCACACACUGAAUGCACAGUAAUUGUAUGCAUGCCUUUUGGUACAGUAUUUUCAUCUCUUGGUCAUAAUUACCAGAUCCCCCGAUACCACUGUUUCUGGAGAAUCUGUCAUCCAGUGACUGCUCAUAUUGUGGCAUUAUGCAGUGUUACAUCUUGCCUUGACACCCAGGUAUGGAGAGAGUUUUCUAUUUUUUUAGAUUGUUUUCCUCCCCCUCAUAAUUCAGCAUUGAAGAAUUGUAUUUCUCUAGCUGUGUUUUGUAUGUCAGAGAUUUAGCUGAGUCUUAUUCUGUGAAAGCCUUUUAAUUUAUUGAUAUGUUUCAUGACUACUGCUGCUAGCUUUUCAAGCUGGGUUCAUGCUUGGACCUCAUUCUAAUAAAGUAUGACUUUAAAAUAAUACAGACAGACAGACACAUGAUAAGCCAAACCAUUCCUGCAAACAUAGCUGUGCUUCAUGAAAAUCUACCAAGGCUUACAAGAAGCAAUUUUAGGUAGGUGCUGUUUUUGUUUGAAGUACCGCGGAAUUAUAUCGUAACUUACACCCAGUCGCAAUUCUGUCAUAGUCAUCUGGCUAUCAAAUUAUUUUAUUCCCAUAAUUUCAUUGGCUUGGAUCCCUACAUAUGUUUGUGAUGCUUGGAGCCUCAGAAAAGAAGUAUGCAUAUUUCAAAAGCUGCAAAAGGUUUUUCACUGCCGGCCUUUUGUUGAACUCAGAGUUACACCCUGGCGCUGUUCUGAUCCAAGAAUCCAAGCUUAGGGAACCGAGUGCUGACUGGUUUGUUUUCUAUGUCAAGAGGCAAUAUUAAAAAACAGUUUGCAAGAAAAUGCAUUACAAGAGAGAAACCCGAGCUAUGUUGUUCUGCAAUAUUUCUUGAAAAUAAUGACCUUGUCUUACAUCAGUAGAAGAAGUAUAUUGCUUGGAAGGGGGGAAAAAAUCAAACCAUUCCAAAACUGCUAAAAAUCAUUUUAAAAACCAUGAUUUAGUUUGGAAUUAUGAUUGUAGUCUGUUGAAUAGUACUUACCAUGGCAUUUCAUACCCAUGGUAUUUUAUACCUUCUGACUAUCAAUUUUAGUAUUAUUAGACAUUUGUGUAAUCACUUGCUUAUUUAAAUGAAUUUUCAGUACUGCCUAACUGUCGGUUAUAUGAAUAAAUUACAUGUCAUUCUACUGUAA